AUGACUCAUUUACUUUCUUAUCCUUUUUUGUCUCGCUUGGUCUUUUUUUCCUUGUUUGCUCUUUUAACUUUUUCUACUUUUUGGGCUUUUAUUGAUUUUUUGGGCAAAAUUAAUUCUUAUGGCUUUUUAUUCUUUUUGGGCUUUUUGGAUUUUUUGGCUCUUCCUGAAUUUUUUGCUUUUUCUGGCUUUUCGAAUUCUUUACUUUUCUUUGGCUUUUGGUUUUUAAUGACACUCCUUCAUUCCUAA